CCAAUCACAGCAGGCCGAGCCGGGUCACCCUGCAGAACUCAGCCCGACCCGAACAGAGCAGUUCUGGUUCUGAUCAGGAAGCAGCUGGGUCCAAUCUGAAGCUGACCAGGUGCUUCUAGUGUCCAAUCAGAGGACAGACAGGUGUCACCUGGACAGAUUGGACCAGGUGUCUCCAUGAGGGACUCAGAACCAGAACCAGAACCAGAACCAGAUGGAGACCAGCAGGUUCUGGUUCAGAUCCGACCCACAGCAUGCUGAGCCUCCACCUACAGAACCAGCUGCAGACUGAGACAGAAUCAUGGUUGACCUUUGACCCCUCCAUGAUUCACCUGACAGUCCACCAGUGCAUCAUGGGAACUCUGACGGCUCACCUGACUCAGUCUGAUGAAGAGGAGGAAGCUGCAGCCCAGAGGGAGGAGCUUAGUCUGGAGGAGGUGGGGCCUGUCAGUGACAUCACAGGGUGGCUGCUGAGGCAUCUCCAUGGUAACAGUAGAGGCUGCGUGUUGCUAGGUGUGUGUGGGGGCGUGGCCUUCACUGCAGCGUUCCUAUUGGCCCUCGCUGUGCUCAGGGGGCGGGGCCUCUGCUCCCAGGAGGCGGGGCCACAACAGCCUGGGGGCGGGGCUAACCGACCUUUAGACGGAGGGGCGGAGCUUUACCUGGGGGAGCUGAGAGAGAUGAUGAGGAGGCUGCUGCAGGACGAAGAUCUGCUCAGCACCGUCAGCCGGGUCAGCAGAGCGGAUCAUCCUCCUGGUUCCUCAGAGGGAACGGUUCUGGCCUCAGAGGUUCUGGGUCGGUUCAGGAAGCUGCAGAUGGAUCACACCUGGACCGAGUCGCUGUUCGCCACGCUGCAGGUACCUGACAGGUCCCUCACCAGUUCCCUCCACCUGGUGGAUUCUGCAGGUCGGGUUUCUGAACAGAUUCCUCUGAACCCGUCUGAUUACUGUCCCUACAGCGCCGCAGGAAACUACACGGGGGGCGUGGUCUACGCCCACUACGGCCGUCCAGAGGACUUCAACUGGCUGAGGAGCGUCGGCGUGUCGGCGGCCGGACACCUGGUGGUGAUGCGGGUCGGGGGCGGAGUCAGCUUCGCCGAGAAGGUCCGGUUGGCUGAGAGGAACGGAGGGGGUGGAGCUCUGAUCUACCCUGACCCCGCCGACCUGCCGCAGGACCCCCGGCGCCUCGGACUGAACGCUCACACCGCCGUGUCUGAACAUGUCCACCUGGGCUCAGGUGACCCCUUCACCCCCGGCUUCCCCUCCUUCAAUCUGUCCCGGUUCCCUCCCAUCCCGUCCUCCGGCCUCCCGCUGAUCCCGGCGCUGCCAAUCACCGCUACUGUAGCCGCCAAGCUGCUCAGCCAGCUGUCGGGUCCUCCCUGUCCGCCAUCUUGGAGAGGGCGGCUGCCGUACGUCCGCUGCAUUCUCGGUCCGGACUUUAGUUCUGGUCGGAGAGUCCGGCUGUCGGUCCAGAACCUGAUGACUCCGGUUCUGCUCAACAACAUCUUCUCCUCCCUGGAGGGCCGAGAGCCAGACCAGUACGUCAUACUGGGAGCCCAGCGAGACUCUCUGGGUCCAGGAGCCGUGAAGUCUGGAGUCGGAACUGCCGUCCUGCUGGAGCUGGCCAGAACCUUCACCGCCAUGGUGAAGAAAGGUUUCAGUCCGCGGCGCAGUCUGCUCUUCGUCAGCUGGGAUGCCGGAGACUUCGGGAACGUCGGAGCGACGGAAUGGCUCGAGGGUUACCUGUCCAUGCUGCACCUAAAAGCCGUGGCCUACUUCAGUCUGGAUCAGGCCAUCAUGGGUGAUGAUCACCUGUCGGCCUCCACCAGUCCUCUGCUGGUCGAUCUGCUGGACGCCGCCAUCAGACAGGUGGAGCAUCCCAAACAUGCAGGUCAGACCAUCUACAGCCAGGCUGAGAGAGACGGAGGCAGCUGGAGGAUCAUGAAACCACUCUACCUGAACAGCGGCGCCUACAGCUUCACUGCGUUUGCUGGAGUUCCUGCCAUGGAGCUGAGGUUCACUGAGGACAGACCCUAUCCGUUCCUCAACACGCCGCUGGACACCGUCCCUCGCCUCCAGGAGGUGCUGGGGGGUCGUCUGGGGGUCACUGGGCGGAGCCUGGCGGAGCUGGUGGGGGAGAUGGUGCUGCGACUGGUCCAUGACCACAUCCUGCCUCUACGCAUCACUUCCUACGCUCAGACGGUGCUGCAGUUCAGUGCUCACCUCAACAAGCACUCAGCUGAACUGCAGUCCAGAGGCGUCUCUCCUCAGUGGCUCUUCAGCGCCAGAGGAGAUUACAGCCGGGCAGCAGAGACUCUGCAGAGAGCCAUCGACUACAGCGACCUGCACGACCUGAACACCGCCCGGCUCUACAACACCAGGAUCAUGAAGGUGGAGUACUACUUCCUGUCUCAGUACGUGUCGGCGAUGGAGACGCCGUUCCGUCAUGUGAUCCAUGGGCGGGGCAACCACACUCUGAGCGCGCUCACUGAGCAUCUGACCCUGCUGACCUCUGACCCCGGACGCUUCGACGAGAACCGCUUCAGACGGCAGCUGGCUCUGUUCACCUGGACGCUGCAGGGGGCGGCCAACGCUCUGAACGGAGACGUGUGGAGCAUCCGGCACACACACACCUACACACACACUAAUACAUAACACACACACACACAAAUAGAGACACAACACACACACUAAUACAUAACACACACACACACAC